AAUCGUAAUCUUUACAACAUUCAUGUUUUCAGGGUGGAGCUAUUAGCCUACCUAUGUAGCAAGCCGUUCUGUCAAGUCACCUAAAAUGUAGAACAUGUCCAGCCUACUAGGCUGAUGUCAUACAAAAAUAGUCGCCUAUAAGUGCGUCAUAUCUAUAGCUACUGCAGCAAUCAUUGACGCAGAAACUUAAGGAAACGUGUCUUGCUCAUUCCAUACGAAAUAGCUAUCUCUAUCCAUUUUUCUAAGAAGUGGGUUGGUCAAGGUGGCGUGUCUCUUUAACCUUUUUUGAAGGACGCAGCAGCUGUAUUUAUUGACGUAUGCAAAUUAAUUCAGGGGUGGUUCUCGUGAGAAAAAAACAGGAACAAGAAUCAGUUUCACAUUGUAGUUCGGAGUUGCUGGGUGAAGGAAAGGAAAACGAUACGUGGCGAAUAUUGGUGAAUGUCGGUGUCCUCCACGUGUAUUUCCCGCAUAGCCUACAUCUGAGUGGAGCGCUGGCGUCCGAAAGGCUCAGCAAACCAUGCAGGAUGAUUUACUGAUGGACAAAAACAAAGCCCAACCUCAUCAGCAGCAAGAUCCAACCGUAGAACCUCCCUCCACUCCGACCCCCUCGGAACCCCCUACAUCAGAGGAGAGCCCAUCGAGUGUGAGCAACCAAGCAUCUURAGCUCUCAACAAAGAGAAAGUGCUGAUGGAGUCUCCGAUCCUGCCGGGUUUAAAUUUUCAUCAGCCGCAGGAAACCGGUGGCACCCUGUCCCCCUCAUUUGGUAGRACUUGGUCCACUGGAACCACAAACACCGUGGACGACAAUUUUUUUCAAGGAAUACCUUCGGUGAACGGAACAAUGCUUUUCCAGAACUUCCCCCAUCACGUCAAUCCGGUAUUUGGAGGCAAUUUCUCACCUCAGCUUGGCUUGGCACAGUCUCAGCAGCAAGCCCAGCAACAGCAGCAGCAGCCACCGCCGCAGCAACGGAGAUCCCCUGUUAGCCCCAACCAAGGUCCUUUUCCACAGAGAAACACAUACAGUCACCAGUCUGUCAUGAAUAGCAAGGCUUCUUCACCUGCCUCAUCUUCGGGUUGGAAUAAUCACCAAAAUGCCGCUUGGAGCACAGCCUCCAAUCCUUGGAGCGGUCUCCAGGCAGGCAGGGACCCGCGGAGAGCUGUGGGAGUCGGGGUUGGUGUGGGGGUCGGUGUAGGGGUGCCGUCUUCCAUGAACCCCAUCUCCCCGAUGAAAAAGCCAUAUUCCAGCAAUGUUAUAGCACCCCCAAAAUUCCCGAGAGCUGGUCCCCUCACCCCGAAAUCUUGGAUGGAGGACAACGCCUUUAGGACGGACAACAGCAACAAUAUGUUGCCUUUUCAGGACCGGAAUCGGCCCUUUGAUGCAUUUAGCUUGCACUCUUUGGAGAAUUCCUUAAUGGAUAUGAUAAGGACUGACCAUGACAAAGGUAAACCACACCCAGCUGGUGGCCCACCAAUGACUAUCGCUGAUAUUAUAUGGAGGAAUCAUUUUGCAGGGCGCAUGGGUCUGAACUUUCACCACCCCGGAGCAGAUCACAUCAUGCCAUUGAACACCAGGAGCUAUGGCCGCAGAAGAGGUCGCUCUUCACUCUUUCCGUUCGAGGACGGUUUCCUGGACGACGGGCACGGUGACCCCUCUCUGACCCCGGGGUUGAACUCGCCCACGCGCUGUCAAAACGGAGAGAGGAUGGAGCGCUACUCCAGGAAGGUGUUCGUCGGAGGCCUCCCCCCUGACAUAGAUGAAGAUGAGAUCACCAACAGCUUCCGUCGCUAUGGACACCUGGUGGUGGAUUGGCCCCACAAAGCCGAGAGCAAGUCCUACUUUCCACCUAAAGGCUAUGCCUUCUUGCUGUUCCAAGAGGAGACCUCUGUCCAGGCCCUGAUUGACGCCUGCAUCGAGGAGGACGGGAAGCUUUACCUUUGUGUCUCCAGCCCCACUAUCAAGGACAAACCAGUUCAAAUCCGCCCCUGGAACCUGAGUGACAGUGACUUUGUGAUGGAUGGCUCCCAACCGCUGGACCCCCGCAAGACUAUAUUUGUGGGGGGUGUGCCCCGGCCUCUACGCGCAGUGGAACUAGCUAUGAUCAUGGACAGGCUGUAUGGGGGUGUGUGCUACGCCGGCAUUGACACUGACCCGGAGCUCAAGUACCCCAAGGGGGCGGGCCGUGUGGCCUUCUCCAAUCAGCAGAGCUACAUCGCCGCCAUCAGCGCCCGAUUUGUUCAGUUGCAGCACAACGACAUUGACAAACGGGUGGAGGUGAAGCCGUACGUCUUGGACGAUCAGAUGUGUGACGAGUGCCAGGGGGCGCGCUGUGGGGGGAAGUUUGCCCCCUUCUUCUGUGCCAACGUCACCUGCCUGCAGUACUACUGUGAGUACUGCUGGGCCAGUAUCCACUCCCGGGCGGGCCGAGAGUUCCACAAGCCACUGGUGAAGGAGGGGGGCGACCGCCCUCGACACGUGUCCUUCCGCUGGAGCUGAGGGGGUCGAGAUAAGCCCUGCCCCGCGGCCCCACCCCCAACAGCCCCUCAACCGGGACAGCGCUACACCCCCCCUCACCCCCCCCUGCUCUGCACCCCCUCCCCAGCACCUCAACAUCAGUGAAGAGGAUAACUACAAAUACAUGGGUCUUUCUUUUUCAAACUACACCGCUUGAUUACGAACUCAUUGUCCAGUGUACCCUUAUGAUGACAAUAGGGUGAAGAAAAAAAAUGAAUCGCAAAAGUCUAUCUGCUUAGAAUUUGCACUUUGGCUCAAAACUCACUAAACACACAUGUGAUGUUAGCAAAAAAACAUAUUGUGUUCAAGUCCCCUGUUCCAUGACUUGGUGGGUCAGGGUCUCCUGAUUUAUACAGUUACAGUACAUAUAUAUUUAAAAAGUAUAUAUAUAUAUUUUUGUUUUAAAUAUAUCUAUCUAACAUAUAAAGAUAAUUAAAUUCUAUGGGAAAGGAGCAUGCACUUAUUUAAAAAAUGUUUUAGGAUAUCGCCCCUUAUAUUACCAAAGGCAAAAGUGAAAUCCAUGCAUUCAGAAAAACUAAAUAGGUGGCAUAAGAUGUAGCAAGACUAAACAAUUAUCUAGUAGUCUGGGCCAUAGAAGCCCAGAUAAAAAAAAUUUUUUUGAAAACAUGGCUAUAUUUGCUCUCCAUUUUGACUCUGAAAAUAGUAAAAUUAAUACCUCAUAAGACGCAAUCAGAUUUUGUUUUGCUUUUGAUUUGUAGGUCUUUAUUUUUUAAAUAUUUUUUUUAGGACUUUAUUUUCUAGUGUUAUGUUGAUGUAAUGCUGCAAUAGCUUUUGCUGCUGAAUAGUACUUUAUUCAGGCUAGGGUGUUAUAACAACUAUGAUGUCACCUGGUGUUAAGGUUGAUGACAGGCUAUCAUAGGGAGAGGGGCGUCCCUUAUGAUGCCUAGUAUGAUGUGGGGUAAAGGAGGGGGGGGGGGGUCGCCCCUAACUGCAUGUUCUUUUCAAUCAGGUUGCUGCAUGCAAUAGAAUUUCAGUCUCAUGUCUACUAUUCAAUUCUGCCCAUGUUUGCACAACACCAAUAUAGAUGUACGUACAACUAGCAUGAAACUGGACUCAACAGGGAAGACAGACUGGUAAAAGAAUCCAACACCUCCAGUGAGAAGUUAACAGCCACAGGGGCAGUAUGAGCAGACUGCUUCUGCACAAGGUGGCUAACAUAACCAGAUGACGAAACCUUCAUAUUAAUCCUGAAUCCAAGUAGAUGUAGGAUAUAUCAUUUAAAACUGUCUACGAUAGGUGAAGUACUUUUUUUUUUUUUUUUUUGCAGUGAUUGUUAAUAUAAUUGUGCACAUUUUUUUUUUUAUACCGUACGUAGUUGGGUCUGAGUAUGCCUAUAGAACUGUGAUUUCGCUUUAAGUGUUGUUAACGUCCGACAUAGAAGUCCUGUGAAACUUCAUGAACUAAUGUAUGCACACGUAUAUACGUUCUCUCAUACACACACACACACACACAUUAGACAGAUGGUUCUCGUUCUCUUAAACAUACAUACAAACAUGUACAUAUACAGACCUAGGACGCACACAAAGUUUGACCCAAAUACACAGAACAUAUGACACGCAGACUAAAGUGAGCUUGAAUCUGAGAAACACAGAACUGCUGUCUGUACUGUUGACAGGGUCGUGUCCCCAAAAAAACCAAAGAGCUCACAUAUGUUCAACUUAAACCACCGACACAUACGGAGACCACAGAUGAUACUGUGCGACGCAUCAAGCGCUAUGCCUGUGGGUUUAAAGGUGCAAGUUAGAAACAUUUGUACUGUUGUGGUGACAAGGCAUACGAGACAGUGAUGAGAAGAUAGACAGAACAUUGAAGCUACUGGAGACUUGUGGUUUAGUAAACUGAGCUCCUUCUCAGCCUGCACAUAAAGUUCUCUGGCUACGGGGUUGUAAUAACAUUGCCAGAACAUUGUGUGCUAGCUGGGAUUUACCAUAUUUAUCCAGAUUUUCCUGCAAAGCUUGAAGUAGAAUAAUGACCUGCUAAAAUGGUGGACAUUUUGUUUUAAAUCAAAAGGCUAUGGUAUGGGGUGCAGUUGGAUGGGAGGGGGUGGGGUGGGCGGUAUUGGGUAGUUAUAAAUGCAGGACAAAUAAACAAAGUAUUGGCUGCUGGGGUUGGUUUGGGUUUGAGCGGUGGAGUUUGGGGCUAAGUUACACUGGUUUUUAGCAGUUUUGUGGACAAUCCAGUCUGGAUCCUACAACAUUGCGAGUUGAUGUGUCGUCUCCUUUUCUGUGUGUUGCGAUUGUCCCGUGCUGGCACCCCGCCGUCCUCUCUCGGUUUUAGUCGCAAAACGGUUUGCUUUAGGACAAACCAUUUUGUUUGUUUCUUGUAAAAGUAAACUAAUCUAAACCGAAGAUACUUUUUUAUUGAUAAAAAAGUCUACAACAAAAAAAAGAGGCUAACCAUGAGUAAUAAUAAGUCUCCCUAUUUAAGUGAAUUCUGGGUGUUUUUGUGAGAUGUCUUUCCCCGCCCAGAAGGGUUUUCUAUGUUUGUUCCUUCUCUAUAAUAGACGUGUUAUGCACUACUCUUUGUAUCUGGACAGUUUAACAGUCAGCAAUUGUUUUUGUUGGGAGAAAAACAAAAAGUGUGCUUUCUGACUGACAUGAUCUUUUGCAAUACCUCAAUUUUGAAAUAUAUUAGGAGAGAAAUUGAUAUUUUCUAAGUAAGUUUAUUCAAAUUAAAAAAUAUAUAUUAAUUUAAUUCUGCCAGAGAUGAUUUAACAGGUGGUUGAUUUUAUUUUUUGUCAUGCUUAUUUGCUUUUAUUUUAAAUUUUAUUUUUUGAAAAAAAAACAACUGAAGGAGCUAGAGCUUUAUAACUUUAAUAUAAUGUCGUAGUUAGCUGAAGUACAGAGUCUACCUUAUUACAGAGGAGGUUAGAGUGAGUUUCCCACUGGUCUUAUACCCGUGGAAGCACGGUGUCACCAAGACAAACGUAACAUGAGUGGUAGUGUUCCAAGGAAAACAUUAGUCCUAAAAAAAAUUGUUGUUCUAUAUAAAUAAAAGUCUAUCAGGUGAACUGAAGAUACUUCCCUUAUUUUGUAUAUUUAUAAUCAGUCAUUUACUAUGCUGACCAGAAUUGUGAAAGAGAUCUUCUGUUCAUGUUAUUUUUUAAGAACUUUUUUAUGUUUCCUAAAAGUAUGUGUUUCAUUUUGUUUUGUAAAAGCAACACCCUAAUUUUGUUAGCCUGAGAUUGUUUAAAAAAAAUAGACUUUAAGCAGAUGAGGUGGAGAGAAAGGAAUGUUUUUUUAAAUUAUUAUUAAGAGAUACAAGUGUUUCAACUGUAACUUGUUCGAAAGCCCCCAAGGUGUAUCAAUUGACUGGUAGCCUUCUAUUCACGCAAGACUUGAAUUAGUCCCAUUUUUUUAAGGCUAAGAACCUCGAUUCUUUGUUGUAAUGUGCAAUACUGUUUGUACUGUUUGUAAAAAAAAAAAGAAGAAAAAAGAAAAAGAGGCAAAUCUUUAUUGCAGAUUUAUUUUCAUUGCAAGCAUUGUGAUUCACUAAAAUCAUUUUCUACUGUGUAUUUACCUACUCUACAUGCUAGUACCUUCCAGUAGUAAUGUAGCCUUUGUACUGAGAAAUUUUUCAUUAUUUUUAGAGAUUUUUGCUAAAAAAGAAAAUUAUUUAAACAUUUACGUAUUUUUAUUUCGUAUUUUCUUUACAGACUUAUUUCUCAACCAUUAAUAGUUAUUUCUGGGGGAGACUUUCAUAUCUGGUCAAUGUCAUUAAUAUUAUUUUAUAUUUUUACUUGGAAUAAAUUCAUUUUAUGAUGCUAAUUCUUUAAAAAAAAGUUACUUUUUUCAUUUGUUCACUUUAUUUUAUUUUUGGAAGCUGAAAAACCUUUGUAAUAUUGUUACUUAAGUGUGUAGAUUUUUUAAAUGCAAAGCUUAAUGUGUUAACUCGCUGAUGUUGCUUACAUUAGUGUGACGAUGARUUAAGGAGAGGGGAAAAAACUAAAAAAACUAUGACCUUUGGUAUUGUUAAGUGAUUGGCAAUGUAAAACAAAUGAACAGGCAAUAAAAUAAAAAGGCAGAAUGUGGUAUGUUGUGAUGUUGUGGAAGCUGGACAAUGCUACUUACCACUCCUGCUUCUGCUACUACGGUAUAACCCCACCUAGUCAAUAACAUUACWGUCAAUAACAUUGUAUGGCCAAGAUGUCACAACACUUCCACUGAUGUGAAACAUCACAUUAAUACCUAUAAAAUGUUAAUCAUGUUACAUGACCCUCCCUUUAGUUUCAGAUGGUGGGUAAACCCCUGUAGGAACCUGAAAAGUGGCUAUGCGCACCAGUGAGAUUGUAUUUAAGAAUGAAUGUAAAUGUUAAGAUGAACUGUAUAAUUAAGUGGAGGGUGUGACUUGUUGGAAUUUAUUCACGAUGAUAGAAGGCAUACAUCUAAAUCUUUGACAUGUUUUCUUUAUCCCCAAACCACCUAGAUUUCUUUAGUCACAGUUUAGUGUGUACAAACUGGCCUUUAGAUUGAAAUUUGAGCCAAGAUACAAUUUGAGCCAAGAUAACAUUAUGCGGCUUGUUCUUCGGGGAUGGCAUUAACUGGAUUUUUGCCCUCAUAUCCAUAGACUAUUGCUCCAUAUGAAGUGUUGUGACAUCACCACUAUAGUAUUGUCAUCAAUAAGCGGAAAAAAACACCAAUGCAAAUGCUGGUCUGAGAAUGUUAUUUCUAGCUUGCCUUUUCUACCAGUUUGUACAGGUGGUGUUCUACUAAUUAACUUCAUCUCGUACUAACCCAGUGCUUUCUCCCAAGGGUCAGUAUUACAGUCAUGCCACCAAGUAUUUGUCACAUUUGAUUUAUUUGUUAAGCAAACACUAUACCCUGACAAUAUUAAACUACUAUGUGCAACUGAAAUGGACAGUUUGGCUAAGAUGGAAAUCAUGUGUGGUGGAGGAAAUUUCAUAUAAUCCUAUCGAAAUAUACCUAUUUCAUAUAACACUAGAUUUGGAUAGUAUAUUCACUUAUGCAUCAUGAAUGUUCUCUCAGUAGGCCCUUAAUUUUGUGAUUUCAAAAAAAUGAUAAACUUGCUCAAGUUUUUCUCAGACAAAAUCAACUUUUUAAAAGUGUUUGUUCAUUAAUUUUUCAAAGUAACACUUUUUGUUUGAUUACUGGUUCUAUCUUGACGAGGCUUUGAAAUUGUUGACUUGGACCUAUGCUUGUCUGAAUUUGCAGUAUAACUGUAAAAAAAACAUGGAGCUCUAUGCUGCUAAUGCUUACUACUACUGCUUCAAGGUUGUAGUUCCCACCUUUUCCCUUUUCUGUACUAAUAACAAGCAAGUCUUAUUAAAUAUAGUUGUAUGA